AUGCAAGAUAUCACCAAGACAGACAGCCUGGGACCACUAUUCGAGACGAUGAACACGAUGAACGAGAGAGAAUAUGGAAAGGCUGUCGUUGAAGCAAAUGUGUCUCAAUACCACGAACAGGCCACCUCAUAUGCCCUUUACAACUGGGAGCUUGGAGCGCACUGUAUUCUUCUUGCAAUGGACAGGUUCUUGGCAACACAGCAGUACGAUCUGGCAAUUCGAGUCGCAAGGUUUGUUUUCGAUCCGACGGUGGAUGUUCAAGGGCAAACUCGAAAGCAAGCGAAGACAGCUUGCUGGAGAUUCCGUCCCUUCAGAGACAUUGCAUCUGAUCCCACUGAGAACCAGGACAAGUUCACUGGUUGGCUAGAUGAGUCUACGCUUGACGUGGCAGUGACAGAAAGGAGACGUAACCCAUCUAACACACAUGCAACAGCGCGAACACGACCGCGAGCAUACAUGAAAUGGAUCGUCAUGAAAUACAUCGAAACGCUCAUCGCUGCCGGUGAUGAAUACUUCCGCCAGGCCAGCAUUGAAUCUCUCCCGAUGGCGAUCCAGCGAUACCUUGAGGCAGCACAUGUCCUCGGCCCAGAGCCGCCCAAGAUCCCCAAACUUGGCAAGGCAGCCGUGAGGAACUAUGAUACACUGAACAAAAAUGGCAGGAUGAGCGUCGAUCUCGAGCUGGCUUUCCCUUUCCUCUGCGAUGUCGAGAGACGGGGGACGAGACAGUUGAAGGACGACAAGCUGUAUGACGAGCAGGAUAGAUAUGGAGUCUUGGGAAUCCUUACAACGACGUAUUUUUGCCUACCAGCCAAUCCAAAGUACCAGACAAUGCGGGCGUUGGUCAACGAUCGGCUUUACAAGGCAAGGAACAACUUGGACAUCAAUGGUCGGCCGCUCGUGUAUGCCAUGAAUGAGCCGAGUAUCGAUCCAGGUCAGAUAGGCCGUGCCUUACAAGGUGGUGGAGGGGGGGUGACCUCACUUCUGAAUGAGAUGGAUGGCCCAAUGCCAAAUCAACGGUUCCAAUACCUCAUCUCCAAAGCACUAGAGAUAUGCAACACCGUUCAGAGCAUGGGAGAGCAAUUUCUACAAGCCAAGGAAAAGAAGGACUCAGAAGCUCUUCAGAUCCUGAAAGCGAAGCAGGACACGGCUCGGCAGAGGCUUGCAAUAAGUCUCAAACGUCUGCAGAGGGAGGAGAUUGAAAGAAACAUCGAGCUCCUGGAAAUGAACAGAUCUUCUGCUGCAGCUCAACUGAGCUACUAUCUACAGCUCAUGGGCGAACCAUUGGAUCGCAUACCAAGCGAAACGGACAAGUGGGUAGACAUUGAGCAGGCAAUCGAUGCACCGUUCACAGACGACCUUCGUAUGAAUCGACUGGAGCUCCAGGAAAUAAAGGGAACAGAUCUGGCUAACAAGCUAAACAUCGCUGCUUCAUACAUAGACAUCUGGGCGUUUAUGCUCAAGGCUCUACCGCAGGUGACGUCGAAUGUUGAGCCAAUGGGUGUUGGUGCGUCGCUCAAGAUGGACGGUUCGAUCCUGGCAUCAGCUGUUCAAGCUUCGGCCAUGACCCUCAGGACAGGCUCCCUGGCAGCCAGCACGAUAGCAUCCGAUGCCCAGCGCACAAACGCGCUCACGAGACAGUUACAAGAGAGGCGACUCCAAGCCAAUAUAAAGGGUCAGGAGAUCAAAUCGCUCGACAAACAGACAGAGAUCCAGAGAAAGCGACUAGAGCUCAAUGAGAAGGAAACGUGCAUUCAACAAGCAGAGAUUGAUAAUGCAGUUGAGAUGGAGCAGUGGUAUCAGUCCAAGUACACAAACGAGAAGCUCUACGGUUGGAUGGAGAACAUGAUCCGCAAUGUUCAUUAUGACCUAUAUCAGCUUGCAUCGGACCUCGCGCGUCGAGCUCAGAACGCGUUCCGCUUCGAGAAGGGAUCAUCGGUACAAGGGUUCUUACGACCUGGUGGUUAUUGGGAUAGCAGUCAUGAUGGCCUCCUUGCAGGGCAGCAGCUGCAAGCUGACCUGCGACGCAUGGAGGCCGCAUAUCUGGAGCGAUCAUCGUAUGACUAUGAGAUAGUCAAGAACAUCUCGCUCAGACAGCUCAACCCUGAAGCUUUGCUGAAUCUUAGAGCAAAUGGCACUGUCACCUUUGACAUUCCAGAGGUGUUGUACGACUUUGACUUCCCAGGUCACUACAUGCGACGCAUCAAAUCAGUCUCGUUAUCUGUUCCGUGCGUCAUCGGUCCCUAUACUGGCCUAAACGCAACACUGCGUCUCCUUCAGCAUCGUUACCGAGUAAGCUCUGUAGCAGCCUCUGGGGAAGAGUACACUGAGGACAGUAUGGCUUCGGGGCACUUCCGUACAGACAUAGUACCUAUCACUUCGGUUGCUAUCAGCUCUGGUAUUCAGGACUCCGGUGUGUUUGAGCUCAACUUCAAGGAUGACCGCUUCCAGCCAUUCGAAGGUGCUGGUGCAAUUGGUUCGUGGUCCCUUGAGCUCCCCACGGUUGUUCGUUCUUUCGACUACUCCACCAUCUCGGACGUUAUUCUGCAUGUCAGGUAUACAUCUGUGGACGGGGGACCGUUGCUCCGUAAUGCAGCCAACCAAGCUGUCAAGGCUUUCCGUUCCCAGGUUGAAGGCUUGGGCUCCGAAGGGCCUGGCCUUUUCGCCAUGUUUGAUAUCAAAAACGACUUCAGUAACGCAUGGUAUGCCUUCCGGUCAGGCCUCGCAAGCAAAUCUGUUGCGGAGUUAGACCUGUCUGGUAUCAAAGGUAGAUUUCCCUACUGGGCGCUGGGCAAGACCAUAGUCAUUACCGGCCUCAGCCUGGUAGUCUCUGGCGAGGUGACGAAAAACAAAUUAGUACAGCAAUCAAUUUCAAUUGCUGCUUUGGGAGUGGAAAAGCCCUGGGAUUCAGUUCCAUUGGGCAAAGCCACUAUGUUGAGCUUAUCACCAUUGAACACAGAGUUGGAUGAGAAGGAGCUGGAGUGGAAAUUGAAGGUAUCGAAUGAACAGGGCGACUUCACGGGAUUAGAAAACGUAGUACUGAUUUUGCAAUAUGCGUUGACUUGA